AUGUUUUCUAAUAAAAACGAAGCUAGUGGUCAAGUGAGUAGGGCAGAAAUAAAAAUUGCUGCAUUAAUAUCAGAGCAUAAUCUACCCAUCAAGCUGUGCGAUCAUCUGAUUCCUUUAUUAAAAGACAUAUUUCUUGACUCGAAAAUUGCCCAAGGAAUGCAGAUGGGAAGAACCAAAGCAACAGGUGUUAUAAAACAUGUUUUAGCCAAAUCUCAUUUUGAAGAACUAAUCGAAGAACUAAAAGCAAAAAAGUUUAGUAUUUUAGUAGAUGAAUCUACAGACAUAGGUAUACAGCAAAUAGUGGAAGAAGCUACUCAUAUUACUAAUACAUCGGCGACAUUAAUAGAUGUUAUUCUUUGCAACGAUCCUUCAAUGAUCGAAUCUAAGCACGUUGGCGGAUUAGAUUUAACAGAUCAUGAACUGAUUUCGUGUAAGCUACGACUGAUACUAAACUUCAUGGCUGACAUUUCUCAAUUUUUAUGUUACCAUCUCAACAGUUUAAAUCUUGCUCCACGGAAGAAUGUCUAUGCUCUUAAAAACGGGGUCCAUUUCACAAGCCGUAUUUCAGAUGACCUUGGUUCAGCGUUAUUCAUCUCGGUGCGAUGUCGCUAUGGGUUUUGUGACGUAUCUUUAGCAAUUUUUGGCAAUAAACGAGUGCUUCGGCCAGGGGAAGAUGACGAAAAAUUGGAGCAAAUACUACAACUCAUUGCAAACGAUGAUUCUGACGUUGAAAUGUCUGAUGAUGAAAAUGAAAUUGAAAAUAUGGAUAAUUUAGUACCGAGAGAGGACGAAAUAAAUGAUGAAGACCUGGUGAGCAGCAGUGACGAGGAAGGAGAGGACAGAAUUCCUCUUAGUGUCCUUAGAGAAAAGUUAAGAACGGCCAAACAAACUCCCAAUUCUUCGCAGCGACAGUUUUGGAGAAGGAAUGAUACUUUUACACCUCCAAAUUUUGAAGGUCCGUCUAGUGAAUGCAGCGCACAGCUUCGCGAUGGUUGGACUGCAAAAUCGUAUUUUGCCAUGUACUUAGAAGAUGACAUGUUCCAAAAAGUAUGUGAUUGCACAAAUGCAAGAAUCAGAAUGUACUGGGCCAAACCCACGAGGGUUGCAGCUAUUGCGGAUAUUAUGACUCGAGAUAGGUUUUUUUCUAUAAGAAGUAACCUCAAAGUCGUAAUUGAUGGCAGCAUCUCUGAGGAGAAACGCAGGUAUGACAAAUUUUGGAAAGUGCGUCCUAUUUUAGAAGCAGUAUUGCAGGGGUGCUUGCAGCUACCCAGAGAGAAAGUAGUUGCUGUGGAUGAGCAGAUGAUACCAUUCACUGGAACUUGUCAAAUGAAGCAGUUUGUUAGGGGAAAACCCAAUCCAGAGGGAUUGAAAAAUUUUGUUGUUGCUGCUCCUGAUGGUCUUGUCGUAGACUUUGAACUAUAUCAAGGAAAAAAUACGUUUCCAGAUGAUUCUGUAAAACGACUUGGUGUUGGACCUUCUGCUGUUGUUCGGCUUGGAAGAACAUUAUUUCCUGGAACUCAUGUGUAUUGCGAUAGAUAUUUUACGACAAUACCACUUCUUGAAUAUCUUCGCCAACAAAAGAAAUAUUGUACUGGAACGAUUAUGAAAUCUCGUGUACCAGCGGCAGCACAUUUAACUUCAGACAAAAUGAUGGCCAAGAUAGGUAGAGGUAGCUCGGAACAAAUUGUAAGGCAAGAUGGCGAAAUAGUGGUUGUACAGUGGUAUGACCUGAAAUCUGUACUUUUGGCAUCUACUCGUCUAGGAAUUCAACCUAGUGAUGAGUGUAAACGGUGGUCUAAGAAAGACCCUAAAUACAUACAAGUUGCAACACCUUACAUUGUUGCUAAAUACAACGAUUGUAUGGGAGGAAUUGACCUGAUAGACCGAAUGAUCAGCUAUUACACGAUUCAAGCCAGAUCAAAAAAAUGGACUCUUCGCAUAUACGCUUUGAACAGCCCUGGAAACAUGGCCAUGAAAGAUAAGGUGUUCAUCAGGUGUUACACCAAGAUUGCUAAGGAUGCUAAUCUUACAAAAGCUGGAACUAAACGCAAAAGAAAAAAAUCACCGAGAGUUUGUUAA